AUGCGUUUUGCCGUGUUCUCUAUGGUAAUUGCGAGCGUGUACAUGUUGGGUGUUCGUGCUGACCAGUUGCAGGAGCUAAGUGACAGUGUGCGCGUUCUCCGACUGCAAUGUCAAUCGCGGCUUGAAGACGACAGACAGAUUAUCAAUUAUCUGAAACAGCAGAUUAAUGAUGUGCGACACGAAAAUGAAUUAACCAAGAAAGAAGUAUUGGACGUGAGAAGACAAAACGAAAUUCUUUUAGAAAAAAUUCUUAAUCUGGAUAGACUGUACGAGAGUUUACAGAUCAAAUACCAUGCACGAAGAAAACGAGAUACCAAGAACAUCAGGCCUCUUGGUCAAGGCUCGAGCCGGAAAACUGUGCCUACGACUGCAAGAACAACACCCUCAUCAACACAACACUGGCUGGGAUUCGGUGAUACUGCAAGAGCUGCAACUUCAAGAACUACAACUCCAGCAGGGCUACACUGGCUCGGUUUCGGUAACCAUGUCACAGUGGGAACAACAGGAGCAACUGGAACACCAUGCUGUACUACGUCACUACAGAGUACCAAGGGACAGAAAGGAGAUGUUGGACCGCAAGGACCGCAGGGCGCCACUGGGCCACCUGGUCCAAAGGGUGACGCAGCAUUCACACUCAUAUCAAACCGUGUUGCAUUCUACGCAACUCUAAGAAACACCGUGAAUGUGAAUCUAGGUAUGACCCUGAUAUUCCAAAAUGUUGUGACCAAUGAAGGCAAUCGAUACAAUCCCACUACUGGAGUCUUCACAUGCGGAGUGCCCGGGAUAUACGUCUUCUCUUGGUCCAUAUGUGUAGGAAAGGACGAUUUUGUAAAUACAGAGCUCGUGAAAAACGGCCAGAUGGUGAAUAUGCAGUUUACAUCUGGAACAGAUAAAUACGAAAUCUCUACAUCACACAUGACUGUCCUGUCUCUUCAGACCAACGACCGCGUGAACGUGAUGGUGUAUAGGAAUCCAUCUCCGCAAUCCUUCACCAUAGGCGACGCUACCACAUUCUCGGGAUUUUUGUUGUUUAGUUUUUGA